AUGAAGGCGAUGGAGACUAUACAGGAUCUGAUCGAGGAAGCCAAAGUACGAACCGUAUGGUGGGGCUUAUGCAUCUUCUCCGUCACAUACUUCUUGACCCAUACAAGCAAGUCUAUGUGGAUGAAUUUGCCAAUGGCAAUCCUCAUACUCUGCGGUCUGCGGAUACUUUUUAAUCAGAUUGACUUCAGAUGGAAAGUUCGGCCAACUCCAAGGCAAAGCCAGUCGUCUUAUAUCGAUAAGAAGCAGUUGUCUUUGAAUGAUCCGCGUCUCUCUACUGUCCCACCUCCUCCAAGGUGGAAGAAGAAAAUCGACUCACCUGUAGUGGAAGCUGCGAUAAACGAUUUCAUCGACAAGAUCCUUAACGAUUUCGUGAUAAAUCUGUGGUACUCUCUGAUCACGCCUGAUAGAGAGGCGCCUGAACUGAUCCGUGGAGUGAUCAUGGAUGCUCUUGGUGAAAUUUCAGUAAGGGUUAAAGAGAUCAAUAUCGUCGACCUUGUAACCAGGGAUAUAGUUGAUCUGAUAGGUGAUCAUUUGGAAAUUUUUAGAAGAAACCAUGCUGCUAUAGGUACUGAUGUUAUGAAGACAUUGUCUUCUGAGGAGAGAGAUGAAAGAUUAAAAUACCAUCUUAUGACUUAUGGAGAUCUCUAUCCUGCACUUAUAUCACCUGAGAGUGAGUACAAGGUUCUUCAGAAAAUAGUUGCUGGCAUCUUAUCUGUGGUUCUCAGACCACGAGAAGCUCAGUGCCCUCUUGUUCGAACGAUAGCUAGAGAGAUUGUUACUUGCUUGGUAGUUCAACCUCUUCUGAAUUUGGCAUCCCCCGAGCGUAUCAAUGAGGUGAUUGAGAUCGUUAUCAAUCUUGUUAAAGAGGGAAACUUUGAGCAGUUUUCUGGGGAAGAACAGCAUGUGAACCCUGCCUCAUUGUCAGCUUUCGAUAAUCAAGCAAAAAACAUGAGUUUGACAAAAGUUAAUGAGCAGAAAACACCAUCCAAAGACGAUGAAAGACAGCCGGAACUGCACAUUCAACAGCACUCUGCUGAUUGGGCUCGGAUGCUAGAGGUCGCGACGCAAAGGAGAACUGAGGUUCUCACUCCCGAAAACCUUGAAAACAUGUGGACGAAAGGAAGAAACUACAAAAAGAAGGAGUACAAAAAAUCUCUGAAGAAGGGUUCCUUGUCUAGUAAUCAAUUAGAGGCCAAACAGAAAAGUCAUAGCUCCAUACCCGGGACUUCUACUGCAGCAGAAGACAAAGCAGUGGCAAAUUUGCCCCCUAAAGCAAGUAUUGAUAAGGAGUCGCAAGCGCAGAUGGCUGAGGGUUUUAGUAAAUCAGUUUCAUAUGAAGGAAGGCGCCACAUCUAUGAGGUUGAUGUUAGAAAGGAAUCUCCUUCUGAUGGAAAUAAAAAUAGGCUUAAGAGAUCCAAUAGUACAUCGGAUCUUACUUUAAAUCCUGACACAAGGCUGGCACUAUUAGGAGUCGGUGAGGGGCCUCUUAUCACAGAGUUCUACACCACUGAUUUUAUCAAGCACAAUGAGAAUUAUACAAGUGAUAAUAGAUCCCCAAACAUGCUUCCUCACAAAGAGAGUCAGCAUUGCCCAAAGCUGAAAUCUCGGGUUCUUGGAGCUUAUUUUGAGAAGCUGGCAUCAAAAUCAUUUGCAGUAUAUUCUAUUGCAGUGACAGAUAUGGAAAACAAAACUUGGUUUGUCAAGAGAAGAUAUAGUAAUUUCGAGCGAUUGCAUCGUCAACUCAAAGAAAUCCCAAAUUACAAUUUACAGUUGCCUCCCAAGCGUAUAUUCUCAUCAAGCACCGAAGAUGCCUUUGUUCAUCGCCGCUGUAUUCAGCUGGACAAGUUUCUACAAGAUCUCUUGUCUAUAGCUAAUGUUGCUGAACAGCAUGAAGUUUGGGAUUUUCUAAGUGCGUCCUCAAAAAAUUAUUCUUUUGGAAAGUCUUCAUCGGUGAUGAAAACUCUUGCAGUUAACGUUGAUGAUGCCAUGGACGAUAUUGUGCGUCAGUUUAAAGGGGUCUCAGAUGGCCUUAUGCGCAAAGUUGUAGGAUCACCACUCGAAGAAAGUGAUAGUGCUCCUGCUCGCCACAUGUCCUGGAGUGUACACGAUAUAAACACUCAGCUGACUAAGGGAAUUGCAACUGAAUCAAUGAACAGCAGCAUUUCUGAUAAUGAAGACAUUGAUAAACUUGGAGAGAGUACCCAAGGGGAAGGUAGACUUGAUUCAGAAGCUAAUGGUUGGCACUCAGAUAAUGAAUUGGACUCUAAGUAUUUCCCACCGAGAGUGGUUAGACGUCUUGGAGAGCCUGAGAAUUUUCCUUCGGAUAUGGAAAAUGAUUCUAAGGCAAAAUCUGAAGUAAGGGGGUCCCCCGAUUCGCAGCAUCAGCAUGCCGAUCUAUCGACAAGUUUGGUUCAAAGUCCUACUGGCAUGCCACCCGAGUGGAUGCCGCCGAAUGUCAGUGUGCCAAUUUUGAACCUAGUUGAUAAAGUGUUUCAGUUAAAUAGAAGAGGAUGGUUAAGGAGGCAAGUUUUCUGGAUAUCAAAGCAGAUAUUACAGUUGGUUAUGGAAGAUGCUGUGGAUGACUGGCUUCUGAGGGAGGUGUGUUGGCUGCGGAGUGAAGACACAGUCGCUCAAGGAAUUCGUUGGGCUCAAGAUAUUCUUUGGCCAGAUGGCGUAUUCUUUACCAGAGUGGGUGACGGUCAAGAGGCAACGGAUGAGACCGACCCGAGUGCAAACACUUUCCAAAUGGCAGGCCAACUUGGUGGCAUGAAGGUGACUAAACCCAGUUCCUAUGAGCAGCAACUCGAGGCUUCACGUAGAGCUUUUGAAAUCAAGAACUUCCUUUUCGGUGGCGCCCCAACAGCGUUAGUGAGCUUGGUAGGGCACAAGCAGUACAGGAGAUGCGCGAGAGACAUCUUUUAUUUCACUCAGUCAAACGUAUGCAUAAAGCAACUAACAUUUGCAAUACUGGAGCUGCUACUCCGAACGGUGUUCCCCGAGCUGCAAGAUCUUCUGAGAGACAUAAGGGAGAAUCCGUAA